GAAAGAAGUGAUGGAAGAAAAGGCAAAAGAGAAUGGCAUUGCAGCUAUGGCAGCCUAUUACCAGAAAUUUGAUCCUGCAGCAUAUCUGCAAUACAACUACACUCCACCACGGGCAGAUUUUGCCAGAAAAGACAGCAUAGUGCCUUGGAAACUAGCUUGUCUACACAGAGCUUUCACUGAAGGGGAUGUGAGCGGUGAACUCCUUGUGGACAUCGGCUCAGGCCCCACUUUGUAUCAGGUGAUGAGUGGCUGUGAAGUUUUUAAUAAACUGAUCCUGACAGACUUCUUGGAGGUCAACCGACAGGAGCUGAGGUGCUGGCUCCAGAAUGAGGGAGCAUGCAGCCUGGACUGGACUCCUUACUUAGAGCAUGUCUGCAAGCUGGAGGGAAAACGACCCUCAGCAUGGAAAGAGAAAGCUGGUCGGCUGCGUCACGUCAUCUCAGACAUCCUCCCCGUUGAUGUGCAUUGCUCUCAGCCUCUUGCCCCUGAAACCCUUCCUUUAGCUGGGGCUGACUGCCUGGUGUCCUGCUUCUGCCUGGAGAGCGUUAGCCCUGACCUCCCUGCCUUCACCAGGGCGCUGGGUCAUAUUGGGAAGCUGCUACGUCCUGGAGGCCACCUUUUGCUGAUCGGAGCCCUGGGAGAGAGUUAUUAUUUCGGUGGUCCUGGAGUAAGGAUCCCUGUGGUCCCCCUGAAUGAGGCCCAGGUCUGUGAUAGUUUGAAGGAAAGCGGUUAUACCCUGAUCAGACUUGAAGUGUACACUCUGCCUCAGGAUAUGCAGGUUGGAGUCGAUGAUGUGACUGGGGUGUUUUUUGCAAAGGCAAAGAAAGAAUAAUUAAGGUAAUUGGAAUGGGUGCUAAAAUAUGUAGCAACAGUGUUAAAACAGUAGUUACUAGCCAGAAAUAGGCAAUGUAGGCAAAUAUAGUUAAAUAUAGCCCAGUAAAUAUAGUUACUAGCCUUUGCAGUCAAAUUGAUUCAAACACAUUUUUUUGCAUGAUCUUAAAUUAUUGUCACAAUUUUACAACUGGGUCUAAAGAAAGAAAAACCCUCAAAGUCAAUGUAAACAUUUCUUUCUUUAUUUUCCUUUUCUGAAGUAGGAGAGCAGGAUAAUCCAUGUAACUUUUAAAGGACUUUAUAAGCUAAAUGCUUUAUGUUACAUCAGUUUUUAACUGAGGAACACAGUUAAAGACUGAUCCCUGCUGGUGAUGUGCGGCUACUACAGCUUUAUGAUUGUGAACGUUAACACAGGAAGCUCUCAUAUUUUGUGACAUUUUCUGUCAUAUGUUAAUACUCUGUGAGCUGGAGUUGGAUCUAUCUAUUCUGCAUUUUAUCCUUGUAAAAAUACAAAUAAAAGCAGUGUCCGUUUCAUCCUCUUUAAUUACAUUAAUAUGUUGCUUAUAUUUUUAUCAAUAUAUCCAAAUAACAUCAGUGUGAAAAUACUGAGAAAAUCAAAUUUAGUGCAAAAAUAAAAAAGUUUGUAUUA